UGGAAUGUCUGGUCAAAACUUGCGGCGAUGAACGCGCCCACCGAAACUAUGACGACUGUCAGGCGUUCAAGCCGUCAGUCAAGGGCUUCAAAUGAGUUAAGCAUUGAGGAGAACUUCUCUGGGUCUCCGGUGCCUGCGCUAUCUGAAAAAGCGCUUGGAAAGCGGCCAGAGCAUCCACUACGCGCCAUCGCCGCUACUGAACACGUUCGAACGCCUCCAGCUGAGCCAUUGUCUAAGAAAGCUACGCGAGUACUUCCUUCUAGGUCAUCGAGACACGCUUUAGGAUUGGGAAACUCUUCCAUUGAUGAAUUGAUUGCGGAUGCUCAACAACGGGCUGCUGAAAAUAAACCGAUUUUGCCCCCAACUGCACUGUUCCUUUUAGUCACCGAUUCUACCCUUGUUCCUCCUUUAUCCGAAGCCCAUAAAAUUCAGAGCGUGUUUGAUGAUCCAAAUGUUCAGCGCUCAUAUAAGGCGCAAGAGCAAAUUCAAACUCCAGAGUUCUCGAUGUUACCUGAGACGUUUACGGUUGGAAGUCGUUUACGAGCAAGGGAAAAUGACGAGUCUGUUCAAGACACUUCUGAUCAAGCAUAUCUGGCUCGCCAUCGGAAGUUUGAGACGAUGGAGAAAAGGCAGCGACUUCGGGAAAAGGAGAAGCUUCGUUAUGAGCACUACAGACUGAAGCAGCGGAUCGAUCAGCUCCGUUCCAUUGGCUCAUCUUCAAAUAACCCUUCCUACUAUACUGGUCAUUCUGCCGCAGAAUCAGCGGAGAAUGAUAAGAAGAGAAGAGAGCUGCUUCGAGAGGCUGAGGAUCUGGAGAAGAAGUAUGAUCGCUUGCUCUCCGAAAAGCAGGAUCCAUCUUCCUUGCACGCAGAGAGCAUCUUGCCAAUCAAGUUCAAACUGAGAUUCGGUGCCUCCGUUAAACGCUCCGGGAGUAGCGAGAUAAACUCAUCGUCUGCCCCUGAAACACCCCACCCAUCACCCUUUACUCCCUCCCCCAAUGUCAGUAGCCUCAUCCUUCGAGAUCCGAACAUGAGUAUGGUUGGGCAUUUAUACUCUCCAACCCACCGAAAUCGCCCGAAAACAGUCCCAUCUCCCAAAUCUAACCGACCAAUAAGACCUCGGCUCUCUAGUGUCUCUCAUGCCAAAACUCAGCGUCCGAACUUCGUACCUGAUAUCAUCCGCGCUGCAGAAUUGCAUAAUGUUUCGACUCGGGCUGGUUUGCGGACCGCUUCCGCAUUCGGGAACCAAUUGCCCUCCAUGUUCGACCCAGAGGGCACGCACUGGACAGACUUCGAACUACCUGCAGAGUGGUUUCCUCAAGAUUCUGGUGGCCAAUCUGAUGAGGAAACGCUGGGCAUAGUAUCUGCCCCUUUCGACAUCGAGCCUUAAUCGUGUUCACCGUUGAACUUAAAUUAUUGCUUUGUAAGAGUGUCAGCACUCAUGUUGUUGUUUAUGACAUUAUUUAUCACGAGUCUCACUUGCAUUUCAUCAUCGCUGUAUUUGCUUGAUGAGGAAAUGGAGAGCUUGUUGCAAUAUGGGCAUGCACCAUAGCAUAAUAACAUGUGGUACAAGGGUGGGUGAAUGCGAGGAGCGAAAACCUUUACUUCAGUUUCUUC